AUGGUGCGAAGCCGGUAUCUGGUGCUGAUGGCCAUCAGCGACGACGACGACAACGGACAGGUCCAACUUCGUGAAACUCGGAACCACGUGGUGCGUUGCUUUCAUGUUCCCGUUCAGUACUCGGGAUUUUUUUUGCUCUUCACUGGAGGUUUACGAGAUUGGAGCCUGCCGACGACGACAACGACGACGUCGAAGGCAAAGCGAAGCAAGCAAGCUAGCGAGUAUGGCAAGUGGAUGGAGGGCAAUCAAUAUUCCGACAGGGAUCGGGGACCCACUACUACUUCCAGCUUCGUCCAUCCGUCCGACAUUCGGUUCGUUCGUUCAGCUCCGGUGCUUCUGCUGGGAUGGGAGAUUAACUUCCUUUUAUCGUCGGCCGUCGUUGCUCCGGGACUCCGAGCUGGACCCCGCGACGGCGUGUGUGUGCUGCUGCAGCACACAUCACAAAGUGCUCUUACCCCUGGAAGGCUGCAACCGCCAGCAAAAAGACCUGGCCCGAUGCAAGGCAACUCCUCUGCCCAGCUGCCCAGCUUCCACUUUCCGUCUAAUGUGCCGUCCGGGGUCACUUUUCGGGAACCCCGGAAGCGUAGACAAAAACCUUACACCCCAUUUCAUCUCACAACACAUCAGCAUCAGCUCCCCAAUGAACCCUUUUGCCAGCUUUCCACAUCCAUUCCCCAUCCAAAAAAACCGGGGGAGGAAAAUUUCAUCAAAGUCUGACAAAAAUCGAUUUUUCUUUAUCCUUCUUCAGCGAUGGUUCCAACUUCCCCCUUCCAUCUAACCUCGUCUUUUGCUCCCCUACAUUUCCCGCAUCGACUCUCGUCUUACAGUCCAAUUUUUUACCGCAGCAACAUCGACCAACAGUUCACCACCAACACACCACCUUUCCACCACAUUCACCACUACUACAAACUAGUGAGUGAAACAGCUAGCAGCCAUAUUGGCUGGCUUGAUGCGAUGUUGUUCCAUCCAUCGAGGUACAUGGCGACCGUGAAAGAAGUUGGUGGCGGGCGGUGACGACGACGAUCGACGGCAUCGGCAUCGGUGACUUGUGAGUAGUACCGGGUAGCACCAGGAGUGUAUUUCGCGAACUUGGCUUACACUGCUGGGGCUACCAUCAUCAGCGCAGGAGACAGGAAACUACACUCGCUUUAGCCACCCACACACCCCCCAUUCCCAGAUGUUACUUCUUCUUCCGACCGUCAGCCGUGUUUCUUCGUCCUUUCGUCCUCCUUGUGUCCCUCUAGCCCUUGGUCCGGUUCGACUAUGGUAUAUCCGACCAAGCGGCCAACCAAACCGAACUGAACCGAGCGAGCGAGUGAGGGUGGAUUAAUUGGCUUUGUGUAGAGUUUUUCGGUUCACUCACACAGCGUACAGAGUUCAACAGCGAACCCAAGUAAGAAGGGAAGUGGAACAUCGCGGUCCUGCCGCGGGGAAGAUGAAGACUUGAGUGAGGAAUUGGAUAUUGUAGGAUGGAGGGAUGUCCGUCGUUUCGGUAUCGCGGAAAAGUGGAAGAUGAAAAUAAGGCGUGCGGUGCGGUAAGGGGGGAUGAUUGGAUCGGUGUAGUAGGUACAGUUUGAGGGAUGAGAUUUUUUUUUGCUUCUCUCCGGUGUGUCGAGGAAUUUCGAUUACCUCCGAAAAAUAGUGAAUAUUUGAUACAAGCGAUAUUUUUAAAUUAACAAACGAUUUCAUCGUCCUAAUAAGAUUGUUGAGAAAUAUUCUGGUCGUUUAAAAGAACGAGGAACACCGUAAAAUGGUAAAAUUAUGAAAAUUUAAGAACACAGCCUCAUGUAUUCCUUUUUAAAUCGAAAUAAAAACUUACUCAGGCUCACUUGUUAAGUUUAAACAUCUGGUGAACUUACCUGUAAGGAAAAAAGAGAAGAAAAAAUCGUUAGUAUAAUUGAAAUGGAUAAGUUUAAUGCAUAUCAAAUAAUUUUGUAAUAUGUUAUAACUCGAGCAAUGAUGAAAACAAUUAAAAAAAUUUUAAAGUA